AUGGCUGCUGCGGCAGUAACUGAGGGAGUUGUGUCGUUUGGAGUGCAAAAACUCUGGGAGCUCCUGAGUCGAGAAUCUGAGCGAUUACAAGGAGUUCAUGAGAAAGCUGAUGGACUAAAAUGUCAGGUGGAAGCGUUACAAUCAUUCUUGAUAGAUGCAGAUGCGAAGAAACAUGAGAGUGAAAGAGUGAGAAAUAUCUUGGAAAAUGUCAAAGACAUUGUUGAUGAUGCUGAGGAUAUAAUCGAAUCCUUUCUUCUCAAAGACAUAAAAGAAAAAGGGAUCAAGAAGCGCGUGAAAAAGUUUUCUUGUUUCUUAGUGGAUCGCCGGAAAUUUGCUAAAGACAUUGAAAGCAUAACUGAGAGGAUCUCUGCGGUGAUUGCGCAAUUGAAGAAUUUUGGAAUAAUACAGAAGAUAGAUGGUGGUCGUUCACUGUCUCUACAAGAGAGACAAAGGGUGCAAAGGGAGAUCCGAGAAACAUUUCCUGAGAAUUCUAAAAAGGGUCUUGUAGGGGUGGAACAGAGUGUUGAAGAAUUGGUUGGUCAUUUGGUGGAGAAUGAUAACAUCCAAGUGAUUUCCAUAUCUGGGAUGGGUGGUAUUGGAAAAACCACUCUAGCAAGACAAGUUUUUCAUCAUGACAUUGUCCGACGUCAUUUUGAUGGAUUCGCAUGGGUAUGUGUUUCACAAGAGUUUACGCGUUUGGAUAUUUGGCAAAGGAUCUUGCAGGACCUUAGACCACAUGAUGGCAACAUUAAACAGAUGGAUGCCCAUACACUCCAGACUAAGCUCUUUCAAUUGUUGGAAAAAUCUAGAUAUUUGAUUGUCCUCGAUGAUGUAUGGAAAAACGAAGACUGGGACCGAAUAAAAGCUGUGUUUCCCCUAGAAAGAGGCUCGAAGAUUGUUCUUACUUCUCGCAAUGAAGGUGUUGGUUUACAUGCACACCCAAAAUGUUUUGGCUUUAGACCAAGAAUCCUUACUCCCGAAGAAAGUUGGAACCUGUUAGAGAGCGUAGUAUUCCCUAGAAGGGACGAAACUGGAUUUAGUGUUGAUGAAGAACUAAAAGGCGUGGGUAAGAAAAUGGUCACACAUUGUGGAGGACUACCAUUAGCCGUUAAAGUGCUGGGAGGCUUGUUAGCUAAUAAGAGAUAUACGGUUUCUGAAUGGAACAGAGUAUAUGAGAAUAUUGGAACUCAAGUCUUAGGAAAUUCCGGUUUAGAUGACAAAAAUCUCAAUUCGGUUUACCGAAUAUUGUCUCUGAGCUAUGAUGAACUGCCAACGCAGUUAAAGCAUUGCUUCCUUUACCUAGCUCAUUUCCCCGAAGAUUCCAAGAUAGAUUUGGAGAAAUUAUUUCAUUACUGGGCUGCAGAAGGAAUAAUAACGUCAGUUUGCAAUGGAGCAACCAUUCGAGAAAGUGGAGAAGACUACCUCGAAGAGCUAGUAAGGAGAAAUAUGGUUGUUGCUGGAAAAAGUGAUGAUUGGAGUUGGAGAUGGGAUUAUUGUCAAAUGCAUGACAUCAUGAGGGAAGUAUGUUUAUCAAAAGCCAAAGAAGAGAACUUUCUUCAAGUCAUCAAAGCCUCGACUUCCUCCUCUACUAUCAAUGCUCAUAAUCCUACUAGAUCUCGUAGACUCGUAGUACAGAGUGGUAAUGCACUUGAUAUGCUGGGACGUAAAAACAAUCAAAAAGCUAGAUCUGUUUUGUGUUUUGGACUCGAGGGAAACUUGUGGAAGCAGGCAGCUCAAGGAAUCCGAAGUUUACAAUUACUUAGGGUGUUAGAUCUGAGUCAAGCCCAGUUUGAAGGAGGGAUAUUACCUUCCAGCAUUGGAGAGCUCAUUCAUUUGAGAUAUUUGAGUUUAUACUUAACUAGAGUAACUCAUAUACCUUCUUCUCUACGGAAUCUAAAGCUUCUACUCUAUUUGAACUUACAGACGUUCGAGACAAUUCAUGUGCCAAAUAUCUUUAAAGCGAUGGUAGAGUUGAGGUACCUCUGUCUACCCUUAUAUUUAGACAGUAAUACAAAGUUGGAAUUGGGUAAUCUAGUGAACCUCGAGUACUUGUGGGGUUUCCCAACGAAACAAGGUAAUGUCACAGACCUCCUCGGUAUGACCAGGCUCAGAGCUCUCUAUGUAGCUAUCGAUGGCAAUUGUACUUCUGAAACUCUACAGUCAUCUCUCCGUGAAUUAAGAAACCUGGAGAGGUUUCAAUUAGCUGAUCGGAACCGACCCCAUGGGGGGGCUUAUCAAGUGGAUUUCGUUGGGGAUUUCAUUCAUCUAAGGGAUUUAACGCUUUUCGUGCAUAUGGCAAGGUUUCCUGAUCAAUCUCGAUUCCCUCCCAACCUUGCAAACAUAUCUCUACGUGGUUGCAGGAUAGAGGAGGAUCCACUGCCGAUUCUGGAAAAGUUGCUUCAUUUAAAGUCGGCUGAAUUAUUAAAAGGUGCUUUCGUGGGGAGGAGAAUGGUGUGUUCAAAAGGUGGAUUCCCUCAAUUAUGUGAGCUAUAUAUAUUUGACCUAAACGAGUUGGAAGAGUGGGUUGUAGAAGAAGGGUCGAUGCCAUGUCUUCGUACUUUGACGAUAGACUACUGCAAAAAGUUGAAGGAGGUACCAGACGGGAUGAAGUAUAUAACUUCUUUAAAGAAACUGGUAAUCGUAUUUAUGACGGGGUGGAAGAAGAAAUUAGUACCAGGUGGGGAAAGUUACUACAAAGUCCAACACAUUCCUGAUGUUGAAUUUGAGUACUGGGACGACGAUGAAUAA